UUGAAAAUUAUUUUAAAAUUAUUGCGAAAAGCAGUGACAAUUACAUUGGACCAAGAACAGAUAUCAAAACCCACCUCCAACAUUUCUACCCCAGCUAAAGGAAUUAUCUCAAAGGCAAAAGUAUAAGCAAAACAAAAGGAAAUCAAACGCUGGUGCAGAUUAACAGCUGAAGUUUUUGCUUGAAGCGAAGUAAUUUAUCUUUUUUGUGAUAGACAAACACAUACAUCCCCCUCCCCCCGUCUUUGCUGCACAGCACACUUGCUAGUAAGGUGUUGCCAACAAUUUCAAUAAUGUGUGGCCUUACUAAAAUUAUUGUAAUUAUGUUCCUAAUUACGAUUACCAAGUUUUUACUUAUCGAUGCUGACCAUACAAUGCGUGCAGCAAAUCUGUUGACCCUCACGGCAUUUGGGUCAUUGUUUUGGUCGCGGAUCGGUGCAGUAGACACAAGACAGCAUUACGACAACUCAAUUCAGUCUGCUAAUGCGCAUCAUUUAGCAAAACGCAUGGACCUGGAAUCAUGCCUAGGUCAAUUUGAUGUUCAUAAAAACACAAUAAUACGGACCGGUGAAUCGCAGGCAAUUGGUGGUAAAUAUUUGCAAGGUCUUGAACUGGACACAAUGGAAGAAUGUCAACGAUUAUGCUGCGAAACUGAUUCUUGCGAUGUUUAUAUAUUUGAAGACAAGAACGACGGCUACUGUUAUCUUUUUGAAUGCGGUCCACCAGAAAAUUUCCAUUGCAAAUUUACAAGACAUGCCAAUUAUACAAGUGCAGUAUUGACAACUAUUCGACAUAUACCAGAAACCACCACUCCCCGCCCUACUUUACCACAUAUUGCAACAACAAAUAUAUCUCAACAAGAAUGGGAGUUAUCAAAUUUAAAGGUAAAACAAGAAACUCGGGAGAAAACUUCUGAGAACGUACCAGGAAACGGUGGCGUGGUAAGCUCCCCUAUCGGUACAAGUAAUACUGUUGGUACAAAUAAUAUUGCUGCUGGAAGUAAUAGUAUAGUGGCAGUAUUACCACAAAGUAACAGUCAAAAUGAAAUUAGCAACACACAAAAAGUCACUAAUAUAACAGCGAACUGCGGUCGAUUUCAGUUCAGCUGUCACUCCGGUGAGUGCAUUGCUGUCUAUAACGCGUGCGAUGGCAUACCACAGUGUGAAGAUGGCAGUGAUGAAGGUCCAGAGUGCUCUGGUGCUACUUCAUCUUCUUCAGCUGUUAAUGCAGCUAUUCCUGCUACAAAUACUGCUCCCCAGACAAAUGGAAAUUUGGACACGUCGACUAUUACCAAUAAUAACAAUAAUAUAUUAGAUCCUGUUGUACAGAAGUUUUUUAUAUACAAAAAGCCCUCAUCAAUGCUGCAAUAUCAAGCUUCCAUUAUGCAACAAACGCCACAACAACAACUGCAAUUUAUGCAUCAACAACAACAGCAGCAACAACGAACCCAACAACAACAACAACAACAACAACAACAACUUCAAUUGCAACAGCAGCAACAACAACAGCAACAGCAGCAGCAACAACAACAACAACGGGAAACACAUAUUAAUACUGCCCCUCUAAUACAUAAUCGGGAAGACGCAGCAACAUGGAUCAAUAGAAAAAUAGUUAAUGAAAAUCAGAACUCAGACACAAUAAACGCGGAUGUCAAUAAUCAUUUAAGACACAGCAAUAGCCUGCACUUGACUAACUCCGGUAUACUGUCUGCUUAUUCCAACAAUAAUCCAAACUUGAAUUCAAUGUAUACCUCAAACUCUUUACAAAGAAAUGGUGUUUAUGUACCACAGGGACAAGAAGCAACAAAUGGAGGAAUUUACAUGGCCCCACAACAAAAUCUCUUAACUCCUCAAGGUCAUAUAAUAUUACCAUCAAGUAUUAACUGGCAACAACAACAACAACAACACCAGCAACAAACUGUCGCUACGCCAAUGUCACCAAUUGUUAUUCCACAAUCUCAAGGGCCAGCCUACAUUAUAAAUACACCACAACAGGCUGCACCACAUGUAAUACAAUCAGCACAAGUAAAACCAAUGAUGCAACAACAACAACAACAACAAAUGUUGAGUGAUGUCAUUACACAACAACAACAACAACUACAGCAGCAACAAAUACUAGAACCGUCCCAAACACUAACUGCCUCAGCAGCCGUCGUUAACUCGGAAAUUUCAAAUGGAGUUGCUGAUACCGAUGGAAAUGUGAAAGCACCGGUAGCUACAUCAGUUGCAUAUCAAACUCCAGUCGAAAAUGUUAUUGUUCAAACGAAGAAAGGGGAUUUAAGCAAUAUACUAACAAACGAAGCAGAAGAAUAUGAAGAAUAUGAGGAAAAAUCAACAGAACCCCCAAGAAAGAAACAACGCAAGCACAAAAAACUUCAGGCAGGUAAAACAUCUGAUAUUUUAGAGACAAUAAAAUCAAAGGAUCCCAUUGAGCUAGCUUUAGAGCAACAACAACAUCAGCAGCAGACAUUAGAAAAGCAACAACAAUUGCAAGGACAACAAUCAAUUGUACAACAUCAACCAAUUCUACAACCGCAACAGUUGCCACCAGUUCACAAAGCCCAUAUAGUGGCUCCGUCCUCCUUACCAGUACAUGAACAAUACAAAAUCAUACAUGAAAAUCUUAUGAUGGAAUUUCGGGAUCACGACGGGCAAUCUGAAAGACCUGGCGGAGCAGUAUUAUCGCUUACGUUGGGUCUCUUAAUCACUGCUGCAUUAGCUAUUCUAAUCGGUUGUCGUAUGCGCACUGUUGGCCGACGAGCACGACGACUGGGCGGCAAGACGCCAUAUUCGUAUGAAGCCGACUUCUUGGUCAAUGGCAUGUAUUUAUAAGCUUCUUGAAGAGAGCUUAGGAGAGAGCACGGAAUACAAGUACUGCUAAAAAUCAUAUGAAAUAGUUUUUGUAUUAGCUUAAUAUAUGUGCAGACAAAACGUAUAUAGAAACAUAUAACUGCAUAUAUAGUCAUAAAUGCAUAUAUAAUUAUAUAUGUA